GGGGGCAGUCCGCGCCUGCACAGUACCCCAUCCCGGCUUGCGGGAGGGGUGCUCUGGCUCAUUGUGAGCGCGGCAGCGGUGCGAUGGGAAGGGACGGGGCUCGUGCCGGGCGCGCCCCGCGGGUUCAGGAGUUCCUAAAUGCUGAUGGGCAUUUGCAUCCCAACAUGGCAUCACCUUGAAGGAAGUCUGCAUUCUCAGCAGUGAGCCUGGUAAGAGGAAAGCUGUACACUGACAGCUCCCUGACUGCAUUUCCCUCUGCUGCUGUGGUGAACACUUACAUCGAUGAAGAGCAGCAGAGAAGAUGCUGGUGUAUUGAUUUGGGAGUGUGCGAGUGAGACGGAGUGAAUAGGGCUUGCGUUGCCUGGACAUGACAGCAGAGGAGGGAAGAUUAUCUGGGGUUGUCAUGUAGGCAGAUGUUUUGGAACUGGUAAUGCUUUUCUGCCAGCUAAGACCCAACGGGAAGAAAACAGCAUAGUUUGACGGAUGCAGCACAAAACAUAAUACUCAGCUCAGCUUCUGACAUGAAGAAAGAUAUUGACACCUUAAUAGCACAGGAAAGAGCUGAGAUCAUCGCCAAGUAUGAAAAGGGAAGACAGGAAGGAGCUCAGAUUGACCCAUGGGAAGAUGCUGACUUCACCCUGUAUAAGGUCACGGACAGAUUUGGAUUUCUCCAUGAACACGAGCUGCCGAUCCGCAGUGCAGUGGAAGAGAAGCACAAACUGCAGGAGAUUGAGCGAGUGGACAAAUGGAUAAAAAUGCUGAAGAAAUGGACCAAAUACAGAAGCAGCGACAAGAUGUGCCGCAGGGUUUACAAAGGGAUCCCCCUCCAGGUGCGAGGCCAGGUCUGGUCGCUUCUGCUGGACAUCGAGAAUGUGAAGCAGGCAAAUGAAGGGAAGUAUGAGAAAAUGAAAGAACAAGCCAAGAGCUUCUCAUCAGAAAUCAAGCAGAUAGAUCUGGAUGUCAACCGCACCUUUCGAAAUCACAUCAUGUUCCGGGAUCGCUACGGAGUCAAGCAACAAGAACUGUUUCAUGUCCUGUCAGCCUACUCUGUUUACAACACGGAAGUGAGCUACUGCCAAGGAAUGAGUCAGAUCGCAGCCAUCCUGCUGAUGUACCUAAAUGAAGAGGAUGCAUUUUGGGCACUGGCACAACUAUUGACCAAUCAACAGCAUGCAAUGCAUGGGUUUUUCAUUCCUGGGUUCCCGAAGCUGCAGCGGUUUCAAGCCCACCAUGAGCAGAUUUUAAGCAAACUGUUUCCAAAGCUGAAGAAGCACAUGGACAAGGAGCAGAUGACUACGGGGAUAUACACAACCAAGUGGUUCCUGCAGUGCUUCAUUGACCGAACGCCAUUUACUCUCACCUUGCGGCUGUGGGAUAUCUACAUCCUGGAAGGAGAGCGGGUUUUGACAGCUAUGGCUUACACCAUCCUCAAGCUGCACAAAAAACGCUUGCUGAAGAUGUCCCUGGAAGACUUACGGGAAUUCCUGCAGGAGAAAAUUUCUUCAUCUCUGCACUAUGAAGAUGAUGCUGUUAUUGAACAACUGCAAGUGUCCAUGGUCGAGCUGCGCAAAGCAAAAUUUGACCUUCCGCCCCCAGCAAAGCCUGAAGAAUUCCCCAAGAAACCACUGGGACUGGAGCUUUCUCUAAAUCUCAUGGCAGUGAAGCCCAGCAUUGCAGCCAAUGGCCAGAAUAAAACAGUGGGUGACCUCAGUCCAGAAAGAGAUGCAAAGCAGUCACUGCCAAACAAUAGCCCCAUACAUCUGAAUGAUAUUACCUGCAAUGCGACUGUGGCAAUAAAGGACAGGACUCUUGCGCUGCAGCAGGACAGAUCUCCCUCCCCAGCAGCAGCAGCCACCACAGACAUGCAUCAGGAUCCAUUAAAGGACCAUGAGGAAACCCAGCAAGGAGGGAAGAAACAGGUGGAACCACCAAAGGAAGCUACUAGUGAAAGCCCAUUGCAGGAGUUGUCUUUGCCAGAGGAGAAUGAAAUUCAGGCCCUCCUGGAAAGCCAGGAUAUACCUGCAGUGAGCAGGAUGACUGCCUCCCAAGAAGAUCCUCAGGUCCUUAGUGCUGGGAGAUGUAAAGAGGACCUGCAAGAAAAUUCUCCCUCUCCUGAUGUUGGCAACACAGGCUGCAUUGUUCCUUCGGCUGCUCAGUUGCCGACACUGCCACAAGAACAGCCUGAUGGGGUAGCAGUGGACAGCUUGGCUAGUGAGAUGGGUGAGCCAAGCCAGAACCCCCAGGGAGAUUUGCCCAUUGAUCACAACCACACGUCAGCAGGAGGAGAGUCCCCAGAGCCAACUCCAUCUCUCCCCUCCCUCACGGAGCAGAGCUCCUUGGAAUCCACCAUUCCAAAUGCGCCAAGCCCUCAAGACACGAGCACCACCACCUCCUCUGUGGAUUUACCGGAAGGAGUUGCUCCGCCCUCUCUGGAAGAACAACCGUGGCCUCCGUGUCCAGAGUUCUUCCCACCAUCAGAACAGGAUCUUGCUCCUCAGGCUUUGCCAGAGGAAGCGCAAGCGCCUCUCAUGGGCAUGGAGAAGACUCUGGUAACUCUCCCUCUUCCUGUCCUGGAUGGAAGGCGACGGCCUUCUAAUGUGUCUCAGUAUGAUAACUUUCCUGAGUGGGAGAGCAGAGAGGACAAACCUUCUGGGCAGGCAUCCAGCAUGGAGAAACUCAGUGGCAUGAUGCCACAUGAGAAACUGGAUCUCAAAUGCUCGAUACCCAAAUCAGCAUCCGUGGGUGAGAUUGCAGAUCUGCAGAGGCAUGUGCGUGGGUGCGGAGACUCAACCCAGCAGCCCCUGGGCCUGGGCUGCUCAGCCUUCAACUCCCUCCCUCACCAAAGGCCUUCUGGCAGUGGUGGCAGUGUGCCAACCUUACCUACACUUGGCCCCAGGGUGGUUCAGCUGGCAGAGGGUCUCCGUUUCCACCAUAUGUCAUCCCCAACCGUGAAGGGGCAAAACAGCCCCUUUAAAAUUGUAAAGACCACCACCCCACUUCAUUUGGCUCACGCCACAGAGCAAGACUGCUUGAACAGAAAGCGAAUAGCACUGCCUUUGCAAGAGGCUAGCCCUCACAUGGCUGCUGCCUGUAGGGCAGAUGGUGGAGGGGACCUUCCUCCCACAGCAGAACUCAAGGCUGCGGCUGCCAAAAAGACUGUCCAGACAGCAGUAAAUGUGCUGAGGGAUCCACGUCCCCCUCUCAGCCCAAAGCCAAAAAUACCACCCAAGAUUGCCAAAACCCAUUCAGAGAACAGUUUUCAUCUGCCCCCUUGGCCCCCAGCACAAAUGUCCAAAUCAGAGACAUUUUAGCAGGGCUAGAGAGUGAAGAGAGGACUCUCAUCAUAUUACCUUGUCUGUUCUAGAGACAACCUGAAAAUAAGGUUUGCCUCUAAAAGGCAACGCUGUCCAGGGUAGAGAGAGGAGGCGAUGGCAGGUUGGGUUGUGCUUGGUACGACUGCCCAGGGCAACGCUAGGUUCGACAGGAGUCGGAGUUGUUCUCAGUAUUACAAAUGUGCUGGUACCAGGAGGCGGUUAAAAAAUAUCCGUGCUUUCUUUUCUAUGAACAAAUCACAAAGUGCUUUCAAUUUUUUUUUGAUUCCCAUCAUUCAUGUGGUGAGAGAGAGAGGCAAAACUGGUCAAUCUUUUCUCCAAGAAAAGUUCUUUGGGUCAUGGCCCUGAGUUUAGUUUCUGUGAACACAAGAACAGCCCUGACGCAGAGAAGUCUGAACCGUUCUUCCAGGCAGGCAGGAAGCACUGGAGAGAGAAGAGAGGCUUUCUUUAGAGACAGACAAGGGCUCAGUCAGUGUGGCUGGUAGCAUUUCAUUCAAUGCCUUGCAGCAGUAGAUUUGUUCGGUGUCCUUGUAUUGUGCAGCUUUUCGCACAAGAUUUGGUAGUCUCAGCCAGGGAGCCAGCCUUCUGUAAUGUCUAUGCAAUAGUCAGCUUUAUGCCAGGUGUCCCAUGGAGCACUGCUUUGCAUCUGUGCAUCCUCUCACUGAGAGUGAAAUGGGACCAUGGAGCCUGCCCCUCCUUGUUUUCCAGCUCCCUUCGUACAGGAGAUUUCCUGAAGGGGAGCUGAAUGCUCUGUGCAGAUCACUUCCACUGUCCUCAUUUGGGGUUAUGUAGUGUUACAACAAAGGAAACUCAGAAAGCCAAGUUCCUUUCUGAUGCAAGGGGAGGCUGAGGUGGGUGAGUUGACGAAGCCAUGCCCCUUCCCAUGAUAGGCUCACACAGGUUCAUUGAACACACGCUGUUUCCUUGAAUCCCCACGGGUGAUGAAAGGCUGGAUCUCAGCUGCUGUGAGUUCUCCAACAUCCUGUCUGCUGUCCUUUUCUCCAGGCAGCGAGGAUGAUGAUGUAUACUGCCUUACAGCUGAUGAAAAGAGAAGUAAGGAGGCUGCUGCCGUAGUCAUUUACUAACCCCCAUAUAAGUGGGUUAAUAAGAUGGGGGUAGUAUUUCCAUUGGUAAAUGGUGGAGGUACCGUAUUUUCUUACAUACGACACACAUCUUUCCCCUCCCCCCAAAAUCAGCUUGCUAGAAUUGGGAUGCAUGUUUUAAGUGGGGAAGCUGUUUUCUUUGCUGGAAAAGGAGCAUGCCCAGAGAUGCUGUUUAGACCAGCCAGCUGUCAAGAAGGCUGCCACUUGUGUCUGCUCAGCACACUGAAAGGGCAGCUCUCUUGCCGCCCUAGCUGUUGGCUGAGUGCAGAAGGUUGUGCCCAAAGCAACAUGUGAGCUAUUGAUAGUAUCUUAAUGAGGCUUGUGAUGUGAAAACAGGAACUUGUAUAAAGAAGUUCUUACAAUUAAGAAGUAAAAGUCUGGCUGCUGCCCUUUGCAAGGGCCUGAGGCCUAACGCUGUGUGACACAGUAAGUCCUCCUGGGAUCAUAGUUUCCAAGAAAGGUGGCACCACAGGAGAUAAUCUGACACAUCGGUAAAGUUCUGGAUGCCAUGCUUUUUGGACACACUGUUUCCAGGAGGACCUACUUUAUCUCUGACUCUGGAAAAAUAUUUUCUCUACUUCCUGCCUUUCCAAAACAAACUGGGUUUUUUAUUUGGGUGGGGGGGGUGGAGUUGUAUGUGAGAAAAUAUGAUAAUUUUGCUUUAGCUACCAAGUCAGCAGAGUGUAAUAGGAUUUUGUGGCAGCUUCUCAGCAAAACGUCCAAGACUAGACUGGCCCCUGCUCAGGUCAGGUGAAACAUCAGCGUAGAAAGUCCAGUGGAGUUGGAAAGGAACCAGACUUCCCAAAGCCUCAGCUCAGACCUUCACAGAACUGGAAGUAAAUCAACACAGCGAGCAGUGUGCAGGGCUAUUAACUUAAUAGCCUCAGGAGCUCCCGUUCUGUUUCCACCUAUGACAAAGCUCCUUUCUUUAAUGCUUGGGCAUGUUGCUUAGCCUGGCUGUCAGGUCAUCCUCAGCUGUGAAAUGGGUAAUCAUACUUACUGACCUGCCUACCUGACAGGGGUGUUUGUGAGGAUUAAUUAGAUGAUGUUGCCAGCGCCCUCUGCAGAGGAAAAGCACAACCUCAGUGCUAAGACACGUUAGUCUGAGACACCACAGACACCAUCAUUGAAAUACAAAGGACAAAGUUGCUUCAGUUGGCUUUAAUUUAAGCAUGUUUUGCAAUAGUUGUGCAGUAGUUAGGAAAGUCAUAUGUUUGUGCAUUUAAUACCUGGACAGUAUUUCAGGCAAGUAUUCGGUCACCUUUAAUUACGAACAGCAGGCCGUUGGCUUCUAGAGCUCAAUAGGAAGUCAUGGAAAAGGCUGCAGUCAGCUGGUUUCCAUGCAGUGGGAUCUGGUCUCCCCUCCAAGUGCACACAUAACCUCCCACUUACCUUUAGGAGCUGAGCUCACGCAUCUGACAGGAGGCAAGAUCCCUUUUCCUCCCCGUGACCUGUCUCCAUGCUUGUGUCUGCUGUUUGUAAUGACAGUAGGCACUGUGAGCUCAGAGGUAGAGUAUCUCUAGGGCAUCCUGUUCUUGCUUUUGGCGGCAAUAGGCCUGGAAUGUUCAAUAGCCGACAAAAGCAUGAUAAAGCCACCACGGGGAAACCUUUCUCCACUCUGGAUUUGGGGUGCACAUUUCCUGUUCUCAGGAAAGCCUGCGUUGGGGCAAGGCACUUGGGCUAAUUCAAAGCAUGUACUAUUCAAAAGACAUCAUGAUGAUCCUCUCCCAUCUGAGAUGUAGGCCUACAGCCGGCUCUGAAACCUGUAAAAGCUAGUGGAAGGACUCCUGUCCCCUGACUUCGGAUCAGGUGGCUAACAACCUUGGCCACUUGGUCUAAGUGAUGCUAGGCUGUGUUGUGCAGAAAUGCCUUGACUAGAGACCACAGAUCCCUGCCUACAGGCCUGUCUUGCCCCUUGAGUCAGUGCCAAACAACCUGGGUGAAGGCAUGACUUCUCCAUUCCUGCCAGAUUAGGAACCUAAUGUUUCAUACAUUAUUAAGACCUGGUAGUUUGAGCUAGGGAGCAGGACAUGUUAUCAGGCUGAGUAGGUACAGGGAAAACCUUGAGCUUGCUUGUCAGUCAAAUGCUUCUGAACCUGGCUGAAAGGGUGGAGGCUGGUCUGGAGAUCAGCUGCUUCCCCACAGACAGAGCUGAGGUGAACCUGUGCUCAGGCAACCCCAGUUAAGUCAGGACAGGGCCUUAGUGUGGGGGGUUUCUUGAUCGUCUCUUGUGAACUGCUGCAAAGGUCUGUGUCCUUUGCUGCAGCCUGGGAAGCAUUUCUGGACGAGGGGCAGUGUUAAGCCCCAUACAAAGCCAGUUGAGCUGGCCCAGUUUCUGGGAAGUGAUGCUUCACUCUGCAGCAGACCUGUUACUUUUUUGUUUAGUCUGUUUAAAACAUCAGUAAUCCAUGUAUUCAUUCCUGUUUCUGUCUGCUGUUGGGUCCAGUCCCCUCCCCCAUCCCCUGUAUGAAGAAGCAGCCUCCCCUGACUUGUUCCUUUCUUUGGAGCUGUUUAUACUGCACCCAUCACCCCUCAGGUGUCUGAACUCCAUGGACAGUGCCGUGAUACAGGGGAUAGGAGCAAUAGUGCCCAGCAUCAGGCACGUGGAAGGUGGGGGGAAUCAGGCGGGAGGAAAUCCUCAGGGCUGUGAUGGAGAAGCAGGACCCAGGCCCUCCUACAAAGGACCAACUCUGAGGAUACCGCAGACAGGUGGCAAAGCCAGUGUUGCAAACUCAGGAAAUCAGCUGCCUUUGCCCCACGGCUGGCUCGUUCCACGUCAGGUGAAACGGACUGUGUGAGAUAAGCUGGGCCUUGCUGGUUUGGUGUCCUUGUUUUGUUGUCUGUAAACUAGCACUUUGCGCAUGGGGGGGAGCAGGAGGGGUGUUGUGCAGCAGGAGUGUCAGCGUGCCCCCCCAGUGUCACCGUGAUCACCUCCACGUGUCCUGGGAGUCGGGGCAGGGGCUCUCAGUGCACUUUGACAGACCGGCCGCGGUUGGCUUUUAUCUGUAAGCGCUCUCCUUGUUUAUGGCGUGGGCUGCGCCCUCCCAUCAUUCUUGUCCUAACGUAUUAUUAUUAUUUUAAACUAUUUUUUA